CCGGGAUUGGUCAAAGCCUGUAUCCAGAAAAUGUAUUUAAAGCGUGAUGUAAUAUAGUAAGCCACACUUUACAAAAUUGAAGAAGUAGGCAGUCAUGGGAAUCGUAUUGCUAGUCGGUAUCUUCAUUGCGGUGGCUGCAAGCCCUUCUGAUGGCGCUCUAUGUCGAAAAUGUCCAAAAUAUUGGCUUCCAUUUGGAAAUAAGUGCUAUCGAUUGUACGCAUCUCCGAAGACUUGGGAUGAGGCAAAAAAGGAUUGCUCCUCUUGCAGCAACUCACACGGUAAUCUCGUCUCCAUCGGAAGUGAAGCUGAAAACAAGUUUGUUUCCACGAUUUGGCAAACUUAUAACGGUGGGAGAGGAAACACAUACUGGAUUGGUUUGAGGAGGUCGGGCAGUACUUGGCGUUGGUCGGACAAUUCAUUCUACAGUUACAGGAAAUGGAAAUCCGGCGAACCCAAUAAUUUUGGAGGAAAUGAAAAUUGCGUUCACCAAUGGAAAAAGGAUGGUAAUUACCUGACCUGGAAUGACGGACGUUGCAACUAUAAGUUGCCAUACGUAUGCGAGUCUCGAAGUAUUAGAAAUUAAAUCUUCCAAAAUGAUUUGAUGAUACGAUAUGUUUGUUGCACCAUAUUUAGCAUUCAAUGUAAUGAUUGGAAUAUAGUAGUAAUCUUGUCUGUUAUUUGAGAUUUAAUUAAAUUUAUUAAUUUCUUGACCGUUCAAUUACCCCAAUUUAUUCCUCAAACAAGAGGUUGGGAUUCAAUUAGGCCUACAUUCAUUACUACUACACUAUUAUUAUUAUUAUUAUUAUUAUUAUUAUUAUUAUUAUUAUUAUUAUUAUUAUUAUUAUUAUUAUUAUUAUUAUUAUUAUAAUAUUAUCGUUAUUAUUAUUAUUAUUAUUAUUGUUAUUAAUAUUCAUUACUAAAGUAAUUAAAUUCUUGGCAUGAGGUUAUUAAAAGUAUAUAUUCAUUUAAUCACACUAUUAUUAUUAUUA